UGCCAUUGCAUUCCAGUCUGGGUAACACCAGUGAAACUCCGUCUCAAAAAAACAACAAAAACCCAGCAUAAGAUGGGCAGGGGUUUCCAGAGGCCCUAGGCUGGCGCCUUGGAGAAUAAGGGAGACCCUGAAGAGCUUGCAUGGAGGAGGCAGCAGCUUGGGGCUGGAGAUGCCACUAGGAUGGAUUCCUUCAGCUGUGUGGACUGGGGACAGAGUGAGGAGAUAAUAGCCUAGACAACAUGGAAGGAGGUGGCCCUGAGCCAUUGAGGAGGGCUGUGGAGCCCAUGACCACCCCUGGCCUUCCCAUAACUAUGAUGGAGACAGUAGUUUCCAGUGGAAAAUGUCAGCUCAGUUCUUGACUUGGGUCUGUGGGGGCUGGUCCCUGGGCUUCGGCUGGCGAUGCUCUAUGUCACCUCUGCCAGAAACUGGGCCAUGCCCUUUGUGGGUACCUGCCCACAACGUCUUCAGUCCCCCAGGGUCCCCUGGGAGCCGGACCGCUGAGAUCAGCCCUGCCCGGGUUCCCUGCGCCCGAGGCCGGAUCUCCAGGGCUUUGGUUGUUCCCACAGCUGUCCCGGGGGCCCCCUCCACGGUGCGUCGCCCGGGCCCCAGCGGUCGCUAGGCUGCAGCCUCGGGCUCCUGGCACUGGCGGCGGUGGAGGCGGCAGUGUGGAUGGCGGAGCCUGGCUGCGCGUGGACCCAGGCGCGUAGUGGGUACAGAGUCAGCGAAGCUCUGCGGCGCGGCACUGGCCGCCGGCGGGACCCGGGGUCACAGCCCAAUGGGCCGGGCCAGGAAGAAGCCCGCGCCCCGGGCCGCCUGGCUCGCCUGCGGGGCCAGCUCCGGGCGGAGGCGGCGGCGCGAUCCGAGAUGCCGCGUCUACUGAAGCUGGUGGAGCGCACCGGGGCCCGGGCGGCAGGCGCGGGCGAGAGGACCGGUACGCAGAGCCGCGGCUCCGUAUGCUCAGUGUGUGGGGAGCCGCGCGGCGGGGCCACCUACCCGGCGGGUGUCCUGGAGGUGAGCGAGCGGCGGCUGCAGGAGGGCCUGGCGGCGGUGCGCACGGAACUGGGCGCCGGGAUCCAGGCACUGCGCGCGGAGCUUCGAGCUGAGCUGGACGCCCUGCGCUCACUGCUACCUCCGCCACCGCCACCGCCGCCUGCCCGACGCGAGCGCCGCGCUGCGCCCCGAGGCCCCACCCUGCUGCAGACGCUUGGCACCGUGAGCACCCUGGUCGCCACCUCCAGGCCCACCGACGACGCCCUGGACGGCCCAGCAGACAGCGGAGCGCACAGAGCCCCGGCCCAGAACCACAAGAAGAUGCUGGUGCCGCCUGGGGCCCCGCAAGGUGGCGGGGACUGAGGGCGGCCUAGGGAAGGAUCUCAGUGAGGAGGCAGGGUCUCCAGGCACUGGAACAGUAUCACCCACACAUAAGGCCACAGACCCCAGGGACACAGGGUGGCUCAGACAUGCAGCUGGUGAUGUCCCUCAAGAUGGUAACCACAUUCCACCAACUGCACAGCAGCCUCCGGUCAGCCUCACUCUGACAGCAGCCCCCCUCUCACUGGAGAGCGUCACCUGGACACAGAGCCUUACCUAGUCCAUGUCCCGUGGACCCAGCUUUGCUUUGGACAGUGACACCAAGAAUACUCACCCCUUUACUUAGACCCACAGGCAGCCACCUGGACACAAGCACCUCUCCAGAGUCACCCUCUAUGCAGACUCCACAGCCAAACUCCCAGGGAGGCUCUGGGCCAUAGUACACCAGGCAGCCCUCCACAGUGCCCAGCACCCACCCAGCUAGGAUAGCCUGCAGCGGAACCUGGAACCAGCGGCUUCUCAUCUCUUGGCCUUGGGAAAUGUAGCCUCCCCUGGAGCCUCGGUCCCUGCAGCAGCCCCUUCUACCCACCACCCCUGCUCUUCCCCCUCCCUAGCAACCCUAGCAUUGGGCUCUGAUGGGCUUGGGGCUCAGCUUGUGGUUCUGUCAACCGUGGGUGACCCUCCAUGUGAAAUAAACAAUGUACAGGAUAA